GCGGAAGUGACGACAGAGACUGGCGGAAGUGUGAGGUGAACGUUUAAUUAUAUCGUCCGUGUGGAUGGCGGAAGUGCAGCAGUGAGCGUUGUGCGUGUCACAGUGUCGGACAUGAGUAUGUUCGAUCUGUUCAGGAGGUUCUUCCACCCUCCGGGGAUGAGGGAUCCGUUCUUCGGGGGGAUGACACAGGACGAUGAGGAUGAAGAAGAUGAUGAGGGUGAUGGUUUCUUCUGUCGGGAGUCGCCAUCUUGGCGCGGUCAGGCCCCGUUUCGCGACCCUUUUGGAUUUGAAGACUUUUUCCGUGAUUUCAAUGAAAUGUUCGCAGAUUUUGGGGCAAUGAUUCCAGAUGCCCCCCGUCUUCCAGGGGUUGAGCCCCCCGCUGGCGGUCCAGGAAGAUCUGGGGGCUCCUUACGAGACUUCAUGCUGAAAUAUCCAGAUUCCCACCUGCCCAGAGACCAGGGGCCCAGCACCAGGGAAGGACCCCACCAGCCAGGAUGGCUGCCUAGAUGGGGAGAUGAUGGCGGCACCGUCCCUCCUGAGGACACCAAGCAAGACAAAAUCCUGGACUCUGAGGUCUCUUCUCGCGGUUUGGAUUCUAUCCUGAGAUCAAAGGAACCAUCACCACCAUCAUCCUCCUCGUACUUCCGGAGCGUCUCCGUCUCCAGGGUGAUGAGACCCGAUGGGACGGUGGAGGAGCGGAGAACCGCACAGGACAGCGAGGGUAAUACGACUACCACCGUCACGGUGACCAGCAGCGGGGCGUCCGAUCCUUACGGAGGGGCGCUCAGCGACGCGAAGGAUUCCUCCCUGAUCCCACACAGAUCCCUUCCAGAUCUGUCUGACUCCCAGACGAUCCUGAGCCGCAUCCUGCAGCGAUUCUUCUCCAGCUGAACGCGCGUCCCGUGUUAUAUCAUGUAUAUAGGUGGUCGCUCCUCGCGGGGGCGGGGGCCGAACCCAAGGGGAAGAAUGUGAUUAAAUCCCUUCUGUGCUGGGACCAGAUCUUCUGAGGUCACGGGCCGGAAGGGGUAGGCUGCACUACUGAGACCCCCCCCUGUCCACUGUGGGUCAGUAUCUGCACCCGGCUGAUGUCACACGGCCGCACGUGGAUGGAAACGAAAAUCCACUCGCACUGUUUACAACGCAGCGCUGCGUCGUUCACACGUCGGAGGUGGACAGCCUCUCAGUAGUGCAGCCUCAUCUCUAUACAGGAUUACUAAUCAAUGACUGAGGCAAGAAAUAAAUGGGAUUUAUCUGUAACUAUC